AUGGCGGAAGCUAGAGAAGCUCUUCGCAGCACUCAAGUUGGUCUUCAAGAUGAUCCCGCUAAUUCUUCUCUUGCAGAUCUUGAGAAAUUUCAGUGUCGUGCUUUUGUUGAACUGCGCCUCCAAGAAGAAUCAUUUUACUGUCAAAAGUCUCGGGUGAAAUGGCUAAAAGAGGGUGAUCGAAACACCAAGUUCUUUCACCACUCUAUGAAGAAUAGACAACUCAAUAACCACAUCCUUUCAGUGAAAGAUCCAUCCGACUCCAUCAUCACAGACCCUUUUCUUGUGCCACAAGUGUUUGUAUCCUAUUUCUCUAAGCUGCUUUCACCUCAGGUGGGUCUUUCUAAGUCUUCUCUUCAAGAGUUGAAGACAUUCAUCUACCGGCCACUCUCGGAUGCGCAAUGCUGCUCUAUCGCCUGUCCAGUUACUAAUGUCGAGAUAAAGGAAACACUCUUCUCUCUUACAAGGGGUAAAGCCCCAGGUCCUGAUGGUUUCUCUGUUGAAUUUUUCAAAACCAAUUGGGGAACAGUCGGGUCACUCGUCUUAGAAGUAGUUAAGGACUUCUUUUCUUCAGGAUAUCUUCUAAAAGAGAGGAAGGCUUCAACUUAUAAGAAGGCAGAGCAGCAGGAGAGAGCAGCGAAAACAGGGGCAGCAGAGAAUCGGUGGCAGGCGAGCGGCGUGAUCCGCGGGUCGGGGGUGCAGUCCGGCCGGCAAGCUGGCAGCUGCAGAGGCCAUGCGCGCUUGCCGGCCGAGCAUAAAACCGGAGGGGGGAAAAAAAAGAGGAAGCGAAGAACAGAGAGCAGGAAACAGAGAGGGAGCUUGAGCGAGAGAAGCGAUUACAGAGAGAGUUUGGAGCGAGAGAGGUGCUGGAGAGAGAGUGUCGAGACAAAGGAAGGUUCGACUGUGCACAGGAUCCCGCUCCCCGACACCUUUCUUCUGGAACGCACAGAGAAAGAAGGACCGAGAGGGAGAGGGAGACCAAGAAGGAGGUUGGCCGUCGCCGGAGGUCCGUUCUUCAGCCGCCGUCCGCUGCAGCCCUUUCCUCUAACCAGUGACUUGAGGAGCGAAAGUCGCCCAUUUCAGGACUCAAAACUUGCAUCCAGAUUCCAAGAACCGCUCAGAAAUGCACGCAAUCAACUGAAGCCACUCAUUCAGGCUCUACACAAGCACGAAUCGCAGAAAAAAUGUCCUGGCGCCUUUACUCCAGAACAGGGCAAGGCGAGGGGUUUCAACCAUUACCCUGUCGAGGAAGAGCUCUCGGUCGCGGUUAACGGCUGACCUCGCGCAAGGAAGUUCUGGUUGGUGACGCCGGGGACGAUGAACGGCGGUAGCGGAAGUUACAGCGUGAACAGCCCAAUUCGGAGUUUCCGCGGCCAAAACGAAAGGUAAAC